AUGGCUUCUGUGGCGACUGAGGAGCGCGGUAUGGAGGACGGUAUUGGAGAUGCAACGAACGGGGGUUCUGAGAUAUCUCGGAUAGACCUGAGGACAGCUCUAAAGGACUGCUCCACCUCACUUUAUCUUUUCCUCAACAACCGAUUCUCUGAAGCACUGGAUAUCCUCAGCCCCUGGAGGUAUGAGAGUGUCUACCAUGCCAUGGGAUACAGCAGUAUCUUGCUCAUGCAGGCUGGCAUGACCUUUGAACCCAAAGACAUAGAAACAGCCACGGUGGCUUUAAAGGAAGCCCUCGAUACCUGCCAAAAAUUUAGGAAAAGGACCAGUGUUUUUGAGACACUCACUAACAUGUUGACCAUGAGAACUUCAGAGCAAAUGUCAGAAGAGGAAAUGCAUGCUGAGCUGUGCUAUGCUGAAACGCUUCUCUUCAAGGCUGCCCUCACCUUCAUAGAGGAUGAAAGCAUGAUUGGCUUCAUCAAAGGAGGAAUCAAGAUGCGUACGAGUUAUCAGAUUUUUGUGGAGUGCCAAAACAUGCUAGCCUCUAAACAGAGCAAAGGGGAGGAAAGCGACACGCUCGUUCAUUUUGCUGGAGGCGUCUGCAUGGGAAUCGGUUCUUUUAACCUGAUGUUGUCUCUCUUUCCCGCAAGAGUCCUCAGGUUAUUGGAAUUCAUGGGUUUCUCUGGGGACCGAGAGGUCGGACUCACUCAGCUUCGCCAGGGGGCAAGCAGCGCCAGCCUCCGCUCCAUCCUCAACACCCUAACCUUGCUCAUGUUCCACACCUACGUCUCUGUUAUUCUGGGUACUGGUGAGGGUAACCUCAGUGAGGCAGAAGCUCUACUGGAACCAUACAUUGAUCAAUUCCCCAAUGGUUCACUGAUUCUCUUCUACGUAGCCCGGAUUGCAGUCCUGAAGGGAAACUUUGAGAUGGCCCAGAGCAAGUUCCUGGAAUGUAUCGCGGCCCAGCAGGAAUGGCGACAGAUUCACCACCUGUGUUACUGGGAACUGAUGUGGACUUACUCGUUCCAGCAGGACUGGUUAGAGGCGUACCGCUACGCUGACCUGCUCUGCAAGGAGAGCAAAUGGUCCCAGGCUAUCUACGUGUUCCAGAAAGCCUCCAUUCUCUGCAUGCUCCCUGAGGAGGAGGUGAAGAAGACAGGUGAAGAUGUGGUGGAGCUGUACAGAAAGGUGGAGAGUCUCAGACUGAGGUUCGCUGGGAAGUCUGUGCCGACAGAAAAGUUUGCUGCGAGGAAAGCUCGACGUUACUGCUCCCCAAAUCCUGUCAAAUUAGUCGUCCCGGCCCUGGAGAUGAUGUAUGUGUGGAAUGGCUUCACUACAGUGGGGAAGAGACCAGAACUGAAUGAGAACAUUCUCAGGACCAUAGAACAUGCUGAAGAGGAGCUGAAAAACGACUCCAACCCAUCAGAGUACCACAUUGAUGAUCAGUGCCUUGUGCAGAUGCUGAAGGGACUCUGUCUCAGGCAUCUAGGGCGCCACCUAGAGGCAGAAGCCUGCUUCAGCCACGUCAUAUCUAGGGAGAAGAGUAUCAGCUAUGACCUGUACUUAGUUCCCUUCAGUAUGUAUGAACUGGGCCUUCUUUACCAACAGCAGGGAGACAUCGAGAAGGCCAUCAAACACUUUGAAAAUGCCAAAGUGAACUAUAAGGACUACUCCAUGGAAUCCAGACUGCACUUCCGUAUCCACGCGGCCUUAAGCAGCCUGGACGCUGCUGCAAACAAGGGCCAGCAGAACCACAGUGCUGCUUAA